UUAGUUUUACUUGUACUUAAUCAUCGUUUGAACAGAAAAUUCAUGAUUUGGCGGUUAAAUGUUUAAAAUCUUGAUGGGACGUGGAUCACCAUCGAGAUCUCCAGUGCAAAUGGAGAAAGGAACUGGCAAAAAGCAACAACCCUCCUCCAGGCUUUGCAUCUUGUUGUUGUUAUCGGCAUUGUUUUGGGUUUUUCUGCUGUAUUUUCAUUUUGUUGUUCUAGGAGGCAAAAGUAGUAUAGGUAACGAUGAUCGAAUAGAAUUGGAAAAGAUUUCUGUUCGUUCUGACUCUGAGCCAGUCGUCAAUCAUUCCAUACCUAGCAGCAUCAAUGGAAAAUCAAGUAAAAUAAAGAGCGAUCGGCGGCGUUCUCCGAUUCUUCAGAUCCAACCGCCAUCUGUAAGUCAUCCAUCAGCCAAUCUAAGUACUAAUUAUCCAUUUAUGAGAGCUUUGAGAACCGUCGACAACAAGACCGAUCCAUGCGGUGGCAGAUACAUAUACGUCCACGACCUUCCUCCCAAAUUCAACGAAGACAUGCUUAAAGAAUGCAAAACCCUAAGUCUCUGGACAAACAUGUGUAAGUUCACCACAAACGCCGGCCUCGGCCCACCUCUCGAGAAUCUCCAAGGAGUAUUUUCCGAUACCGGCUGGUACGCCACCAAUCAGUUCGCCGUCGAUGUCAUCUUCAGUAAAAGGAUGAAACAAUACGAAUGCCUGACAAAAGACCCUUCUCUAGCCGCCGCUUUCUUUGUUCCCUUUUACGCCGGUUUCGACAUCGCAAGAUAUCUAUGGGGUGGAUACAACAUAUCAAUUAGAGACGCCGCUUCUCUAGAUCUGGUCAAUUGGCUCGAAAAACGACCCGAGUGGAAAAUAAUGGGCGGAAAGGACCAUUUUCUCGUCGCCGGUAGAAUCACCUGGGAUUUCAGAAGAUUAAGUGAGAAAGAAUCAGAUUGGGGAAGCAAACUUCUCUUCCUACCAGCCGCCAAAAACAUGUCGAUGCUCGUUGUCGAAUCGAGUCCAUGGAACGCCAACGAUUUCGCCAUACCCUACCCUACUUACUUCCACCCUGCAAAAGAUAACGAUGUUUUCACAUGGCAGGACAGAAUGAGGAAACUCGACAGAAAAUGGCUAUUCUCCUUCGCCGGAGCUCCACGUCCGAACGACCCAAAAUCAAUCAGGGGAAAACUAAUCGAUCAAUGUAAAUCGUCUAACAAAUGCAAACUCUUGGAAUGUGAUUUGGGCGAGAGCAAGUGUCAUUCCCCAAGCAGCAUAAUGCAAAUGUUUCAAACCUCCCUUUUCUGUUUACAGCCUCAAGGUGAUUCUUUCACUCGAAGAUCUGCUUUCGAUUCAAUGCUAGCGGGCUGUAUACCUGUCUUCUUUCAUCCCGGGUCUGCUUAUGCACAAUAUACCUGGCACCUACCGAAGAACCAUACAAGAUAUUCAGUUUUCAUUCCUGAGAAUGAAAUUCGGGGAGAGAAUGUGGUUAGUAUAGAGGAAAGGCUGAGUCGAUUUUCAGCUGAGGAAGUGAAGAUGAUGAGGGAAGAGGUUAUUAGUUUGAUCCCGAGGCUGAUAUAUGCUGAUCCUCGAUCGAAGCUUGAGAGUCUUAAGGAUGCGUUUGAUGUAUCGGUGGAGGCGAUAAUAAAGAAAGUUACCAAGUUGAGGAAGGAUGUUAUUGAGGGGAGGAAAGACAAUGAUUUCAUAGAGGAGCUUAGUUGGAAGUAUGCUUUGUUAGAGGAGGGACAAUAUGUUGGUCGUCAUGAAUGGGAUCCUUUCUUCUCAAAACCCAAAAGUGGUUAAUAAUAUCAUUUUGAUUCUAUCUAAACAACAGCCAAGAUGAUAUUCCAGGUUUGAUCUUACUUUCUUUUACUAAAUCAAUCUUUGUUCUGUUUGGGGUUCAAUUGUUAGUUCUUUUUACGAUUUGUUUUAGGAGGAGGGUAUGUAUGUAUUUAUGUAAACACGUAUACAGAUGAGAUGCAGGUUUUCUGUUGGUUUUCUUCUGUAAAAGCAUGAUAAUUAUAUAUAACAGAAGACAUUACAAUUUUUUUGCUACUUUGAA